AGUCGGUUGAGGAGAAGGGAAGACGUACCAUCUAUAUCCGGAAUGAUCGGUGCAUGCAAGGGUGAAACUCAAUUAUCACGUCGAUGGAAGUUUUGAACGCGUCGCGGUGGACCUGUGCGGUUUGUGAUCUGAACCAGCCUGGUUUAGUGUUUAGUCCGACUUCCCGUUGAGAUGGAACAAAUAAUGCCUUUCAGCCGAUGCUGUGGAACCACAGAAGAGGAGCAGUCUAGUAGAAGUAGAAGUAGUAGUAGUAGUAUGGACGAUUGUAUUUUUUGUUUGAUAAGCAAUGGUGAAGACGAAUAUACGGAACUGGUUCGAGAGAAUGACGACAUGGUCUGCUUCAGGGAUAUAUACCCGGCCGCCCCUCACCACUUUCUGGUCAUCCCAAGAAAGCACAUCAAGAGCUGCUCAUCACUCACCAAGAAAGACGCUCCUCUGGUUCAACAAAUGGCGGAUAUGGGCAGAGCUGCACUACAAGAUCAAGGCAUUACUGAUAUGCAGGACAUAAGGAUUGGGUUCCACCAACCUCCUUACAUCUCAGUCGAUCACCUCCACCUCCACGUUCUCGCCCCUGCCAGCAGGAUCGAUGACGACAUGCUUUAUAAAUUCAUCCGUCGCACCAACAGAUUCAUUAGUGAAGAAAAUCUACUGGUGUUAUUAAAUUCGGGAACUUCAACAGAAGGAAGAUCAAAUAAAUAGAUGUUGUACUUUGGACCGGCCUACUGUCUGUCUUCAUUUUAUCCCAGCUACAUUGUUUUGGUCCGCGAUGGGCGGGUCCAUUGUGCUUCGUCAUUCUUCGCUCCUCCGACUCUAUGAGUCCAUUCUACAUUGGAUUCAUUACGAUACACUAGUAGGCUAAUAGGUAACACUGUGUGCCAUAACCGUGUUAAAACAUAUACACAACACCAUGUCCUCAUCUCAUAUACCGGAUGGGGACUGCCUGUUCUGCUGCAUCACCACCAAGGAGAAGGAAACCGAGAUUAUUCUGACCGAUGAUGAACUCGUGUGUUUUCGUGACUCGAAGCCCGGAGCCCGACACCACUUCCUGGUUGUUCCCAGAUCUCACUUGGGGAACUGCUCGACGCUUCAGAGGGAACACAUACCACUUGUAGAGCAGAUGAAAGAGAUGGGAAGAAAAGUUUUGGAAAACAACAAAAUAAGUGACCUUCAGGAUGUCAGGAUGGGCUUCCAUUUGCCUCCCUUCUCCUCUGUGCCUCACCUCCACCUCCACGUUCUGGCCCCCGCCAGUGAGAUGAACAGCAGGUCCCUGAGUCGCUACGGGCCCCAGUCCUACUGGUUCAUCACGGUGGACAACGUACUUCAUCAACUGAAAACUCAAGGAAAAGUCAAAUGAAGAUAUUAACACACUUUUGAGUUAUUAAUCACUAUGUGUGUGACAGUUAAAACAGGGGAUAUAUAUUGAUGUAUAUUAAGUUGAAAAUGUAUGUAACUAUGUAUGUGUAUCUUUGUUAAAUUAAACUGCUCUUCUAAAUGGCUUACCGU